AGGAACCAAGAAAUUCCCUGCGUGAACCAAUAUUACUCACGAGGCAGUUCCAUCAUUUUGUCAUUCAAUCAGUGUACACACAACGGAGAGCGAGGAGUUAUUCGAGAGAGUACCGUAAGUAAAGAGGAACCAAAAUCAACAGCAUGAGAGAUUUGUUGACCCGUUAUUUUGCUGACCUACUCUUCCUCUCCCUCAUCUCUCUCUCUUUCUCUCUGCAAACCUCGCUCCUCUCAUUUCGUGUAUAUAAUAUAUCUUUCUCGCCAAAGGAGCUCUCUAUGAAUGCCAGCACUGUAAAGGACAAUCAAUCUCCAGAGUUUUCUUUUAUUCAAUCGUUCUUCUUCAUUUUCUUGAUCAGCUCCUACUGCUUUAGCUGAAGCUCUCAGAUAUUCCAGCUCUGUAUCUGAUUCAUCAAUGCCGAAUCAUAGGGGAAAAGAUGGAAUAAGAGAACAAAGAUGGAAAGAGAAGCCAAAAUUUGACAGACCAUCUAUGUCCACUGAGGGUACACCAGCGAAUGCUGAAUCUAUUGCAGAUAGGCUGACUGCGUUGCGUAUUAACGAAACUGGUGGACAAGCCUCUUCUCCAAUCUCACCGAUACAAUUUGGGAGCGUUCCAUUCUCGAAUCAAGCUCCUGUGAAAGGUCAGACAGCCAUCUUGAAGCAUAAGUCACAUGGAACAGUGUGCAGAGCUAUGGCUGUUGAAGUUGAAACUGCAACUCCAGAACAAACUUCCGUGGCUGUUGAUAUUGGGGAAGAUUAUGCCGAAAAAAUGAAAGUUGACAAGAGUAGAACUGGAUUGAAUAAAUUAUUCAAAGGUCUUCUGGGUGCAAAUUUCUCCGUUGACAACUUCACGUACACUUCGGCACAAAUUAGAGCCACCUUCUAUCCAAAAUUUGAGAAUGAGAAGUCAGACCAAGAGGUUAGAACAAGGAUGAUUGAGAUGGUCUCUCAUGGCCUGGCUACGUUAGAGGUUUCACUUAAACACUCUGGAUCACUUUUCAUGUAUGCGGGGCAUGAGGGUGGAGCAUAUGCCAAGAAUAGCUAUGGAAAUAUAUACACAGCUGUUGGUGUUUUUGUUCUCGGACGGAUAUUUUGCGAGGCAUGGGGCAUUGAAGCGAGGAAAAAGCAAGCAGAAUUCAAUGAAUUUCUAGAGAGGAAUCAUAUGUGCAUAUCGAUGGAAUUAGUAACUUCUGUUCUAGGAGACCAUGGACAACGGCCUAGGGAUGAUUAUGUUGUGGUAACAGCAGUCACAGAAUUGGGAAAUGGGAGACCAAAAUUUUACUCUACUCCUGAUAUAAUUGCUUUUUGUAGAAAAUGGCGCCUACCUACCAAUCAUGUUUGGUUAUUCUCAACAAGGAAAUCUGUGACUUCUUUUUUUGCUGCAUAUGAUGCAUUAUGUGAGGAAGGAACUGCAACACCUAUAUGUAGAGCUCUUGAUCAAGUUGCUGAUAUCUCUGUGCCAGGAUCAAAAGAUCAUGUCAAGGUACAAGGUGAAAUCUUGGAGGGUCUUGUAGCUCGCAUAGUUAGCCCUGAGAGCUCAAAACAUAUGGAGGAAGUUUUGAGAGAUAUUCCUCCACCGCCAUCAGAUGGAGAUGGUCAUGACUUGGGACCAAGUCUGCGUGACAUAUGUGCAGCUAAUCGGUCGGAUGAAAAGCAGCAAAUAAAAGCACUACUCCAAAGUGUUGGGACCUCCUUCUGUUCUAACUACUCAGACUGGUUUGGAAAUGGAAAUGGUUGUGUCCGUUCAAGAAAUGCUGAUCGAUCUGUCAUUUCAAAAUUUUUAAAGGCUCACCCAGCCAAUUUUUCUACCAUCAAAUUGCAGGAAAUGAUUCAUAUGAUGAAAUCAAAACAUUAUCCAGCUGCUUUUAAGUGUUACUGUAACUUUCACAAGUUGGACUUUAUGGCAGAUGAUAAUCUUCACUUUAAAAUGGUUAUUCAUGUACACAGUGAUUCAGCUUUCCGACGAUAUCAGAAGGAGAUGAGGUACAAUCAGGGAUUAUGGCCAUUGUAUAGGGGUUUUUUUGUUGAUAUAAACUUAUUCAAGGUGAAUAAGGAGAAAGCUGCUGAAUUUGCAAAAGACAGUAACAUGCUAGUCAGGAACAUCAAUGGUAACUACAACAGAAGUACAUCAGGAGCAUAUGGUUUGGAUAAUGAAGAUGGAAAUUUAAUGAUCAAAUUAAAAUUUCUUACAUACAAGUUACGAACUUUCUUGAUACGCAAUGGCUUAUCAAUUCUCUUCAAAUUAGGUCCAGCUGCUUACAAAGAAUACUACUUGAGGCAAAUGAAAAUAUGGAACACAUCAGCUGCAAAGCAGAGAGAACUCAGCAAAAUGCUAGAUGAAUGGGCUAUAUACAUAAGAAAGAAGUGUGGGAACAAAGAACCAUCAUCAUCCAUGUAUCUUAGCGAAGCAGAGCCUUUCCUGGAGCAAUAUGCAAAGCGCAGUCCAUUGAAUCAGUCUUUGAUAGGAUCUGCUGGGAACUUAAUAAGAGCUGAAGACUUCUUGGCUAUUAUUGGAGGCAGGGAUGAAGAGGGUGACCUUGAUAGAGAGCAGGAAACAACGCCUUCAAGCCCAGGUGCUACAGUCAAGGACAUAGCCCCUAAAAGGGAGGGUCUUAUUGUAUUCUUUCCAGGAAUACCAGGUUGUGCCAAGUCUUCACUGUGCAAGGCAAUUCUGAAAGUUCCAGGUGGACUUGGAGAUGGCCGACCUAUCAGUAGUCUCAUGGGUGAUCUUAUCAAAGGAAGAUAUUGGCCAAAAGUUGCAGAAGAGCGCAGGAAAAGACCAUAUUCUGUAACUCUUGCUGACAAAAAUGCACCAAAUGAAGAGGUCUGGAGGCAGAUUGAGGACAUGUGUCAAAGCACAAGGGCCUCUGCUGUUCCGAUUAUUCCUGAUUCUGAAGGAAAUUAUUCAAAUCCCUAUUCACUUGAUGCACUAGCUGUUUUCAUGUUCCGUGUACUUCAAAGAGUUAAUCAUCCAGGAAAUCUUGACAAUGCAUCUCCAAAUGCCGGUUAUGUACUGCUAAAGUUUUACCACCUUUAUGAGGGCAAGAAUCGUAAAGAAUUUGAGAGUAAUUUGGUUCAUCGGUUUGGUGCACUUGUCAAGAUGCCGUUGCUCAAGGCAGAUAGGAGUCCUUUACCUAAUCCUGUUAAAUCAAUAUUAGAGGAUGGGUUGACUCUUUACAGGCUUCAUAUAUUCAAGCAUGGAAGAUUGGAUUCCACUAGAGGACCAUAUGCAAUGGCGUGGGCUAACUGGGAGAAGCAAUUAAGAGAAAGCCUGAUUGGAAAUGCAAAUUAUCUUAGUUCUGUUCAGGUUCCAUUUGAUUAUGCUGUCAAGCAAGCACUGGAGCAAUUAAAAGCUGUUGCAGGAGGUGAUUGUACAACACCGAUUACCGAGAAGAGAAAGUUUGGGACAAUUGUCUUUGCAGCUGUCACUCUACCUGUUACAGAAAUCAGGAGCCUUCUGGAUAAGAUAAAGGAGCAGUAUCCCCAGGUGGAAGGUUUUCUCAAGGAUAAAGAUUUGGAGAACUCCCUCAAGAAGGCUCAUGUGACUCUUGCUCAUAAGAGGAGCCAUGGUGUCACUGCUGUUGCCAGUUAUGGCGUGUUCCUCCACCAAAAUGUCCCUGUUGAUCUGACUGCACUUCUCUUUUCUGAUAAAUUGGCUGCAUUCGAAGCUCACCUUGGCUUUGUUAAUGGUGAGAAGAUAACGUCGAAAAACCAAUGGCCCCAUGUCACUUUAUGGACUGGAGAGGGAGUUGCAGCCAAGGAAGCCAACACGCUACCACAGCUCCUUUCCGAGGGGAAGGCAACUCGCAUUGAGAUAGACCCAUCUACCACUGUAUCAGGACCAUUGGAAUUUUAUUGAGUUGCCAAGUUUAUAUAACGUCUGGGUGUUGAUCAAUUGGUUUUGUGCUGCCUGCUUAAGGUCCUGUAUCAGUGACGUUAUCUCAGCAAUUGGAACCACUUUUUCUUUGGAUUUUGCAGAUAUGGAUAGAAAGGUGUCAAGGGAAGUGGGGGAAUUUUGUUAGGAACUACAAAUCCUCCUAUCUUAUAGAUGUGUACGUUUUGCAAAAUUAUUAUAGGAUAAAAAUAAAUGCUUCCAUAUCUUCGUUUCUCUCCAUUGUUUGCUACUCUACCUGACAUAUAAUCGUAGUACUAAAUGAGGUUCCUAUGGGUUGAAAAAAAAAAAAGAAAAAGA